AUGGAGUCCUUUCAAUCUAUUGCUUCCUCGUGUCAGUCUGCUGUGCUUGAAGCGAUACCAUCGAAAUGGCGCCUCCAAGGACGACCAGAGGGCACGGAUGUUCGUCAUAUACCACGAAGCUGUGGGCUGAUGACACCUCAGCAGCUACUGAUCACCGAGAAGAGCGCCACCGAGCUGCUCUCUGAGCUUCAUUCCGGAUCUUUGACUUCAGUAGAAGUCACAGAAGCCUUUUGUGCACGGGCUGCCAUUGCCCACCAAUGUAUCAACUGCCUCACGGCUUACAUCUAUGAGGAAGCCAUUGCCAGGGCCGCUGAAUUGGACGAGAUAUUCGCCAAAAGCGGGCCUGUCGGGCCAUUGCAUGGACUUCCAUUUGCGGUCAAGGACUAUUAUCAGAUGAAAGGCCAUGCCACAACGCUCGGAUACGUUGCCUGGCACUCCAAGAUAGCCUUGACCGAUGCAUCAAUUGUGCAACUGUUCAAGAAAUGUGGGGCCAUCCCCUUCGCGAGAACCACUAUGCCCCAAACUGGUAUGAUGCUUCAAACAGUCAGCAAUCUUUGGGGCCGUACACUAAAUCCCUAUAAUACCGGGUUUUCGGCCGGUGGCUCUUCUGGCGGCGAUGGGAGCUUGGUCGGGAUGCGCGGAUCCCCAUUUUGUGCCUCUACAGAUAUCGGGGGUAGCAUUCGUGCCCCCGCGACCUUUAACGGUCUCUAUGGUAUUCGGCCAACGGCAGAAAGGAUUCCAAAGAAUGGUCUUGUCACCACCGCUCCGGGACAGGUUUCUAUAAAAGUGUCGUCGGGGCCAGUGUGUCAUAGUGUGGCGGACAUAAAAUUAGUGACAAAGCUACUACUGUCGCAUUUUGAGUACAUUGGAUACGAGUCAACUGCGGUACCAAUGCCGUGGAGAGAGGUCAAGGUGAAGGAGAAGCUGAGAUUUGGGUUGCUUAAGUAUGACGGAGUGGUGAAACCUCAACCGCCGAUUCUCAGGGCAUUAGAUGAAACCGCGGCAUCAUUGAAACGAGCAGGGCAUGAAGACCUCUUCUCACCAACAACUGCAGUCGUAGAAUUCGAGCUCCCUUUUGAUGCGUGGGACGUAGCUUUGACAACGUGGAGGCUAUACUUUCAAACUGGCGCGGCAGAAGUAAAAGCAGUGGCCGCUUCCACGGGCGAGCCUCUAAUGUCCAACUUCUCUUGGUAUCUCGAUACAUUCGAUAUCAAACCACUUACAGUCCCUGAACUCUUCCAACUCAACGCCAAGCAAGCUGAGAACAAGCGACAAUUCUUCGAGGCAUGGAAAGCUGCCAACAUUGAUGCUUUGAUCUGUCCUUGUGCUCCAUCGGCUGGAUUCCCCCACGACUUUCCUGUGUGGUGGGGAUAUUUCUCGCUGUGGAACGUGUUGGACUAUCCUAGCACGAUUCUACCGCUGAAGGGAUUCAAGAUCGAUCCCGUGAUAGAUGCCAAGGAUUUCAAGUAUGUUCCCAAGGAGAAUGUGUUUGACAAAAUGAAUUGGGAGGUCUACGACCCAGUGCUUUGGGGUAACCAACCUGUAUGUAUCCAGAUUGUGCGGCCCCCGUAUACCGACGAAGAAUUGAUCGAUGUCACGGAGAGGGUGGAUGAAAUAUGUAACUCUUAG